GAGAAUCUAGACUGGAAAAGAAGCCACAACAUAAUCUUUGAAUUCUAACCUAGUCAGUCUAUAUUCGCCACGUGUUUGAUACCUGAGUUUGAGACUUAAUUGAAGAUGUAAGAUAGUUUAUUUGUGAAAGAAAAAAACGAAGAGGAGCUAAAGACAAUAUUUUUAAUAUAGCGAUUUCAACAUGUCUCGAAUAACUGACGCGAAGGAAGUAAUCCUGACGAGUGAUACUACCGGAGAGAGUUGGAGUGCCGCAGUAUGGGAUCCACGGAAUGGUUCUAUGUUGUCUGUAUUUAAAAAUGCGUCAGCGCUCAACCAUCGCACUCUUCAGCUUCUGAGCGAUAGCUACAUAUUGGGCGCAAGUGCCACGAAAUCACGUUUACACAUCUGGCCGCUCAACAGCCCAUCACCCUUGACCAAUAUCUAUCUAAUCACACCGGGUAAGGUGAAUGCCCUGACUUGCACACCGAAUGGCUCCUACAUAAUUGCUUCGGUUGACGAAAAAAUAUACAUCUGGCAGACCUGCAACGGCAAAAUGCUGGCCAAUCUAGCCAGACACUAUCAGACUAUUAGCUGUUUGACAAUUACGAAGGAUGGUUCGUUGUUCGCUAGCGCCGGCGAGGAUGGUCUUGUGUUUGUAUGGUCUCUCUAUAAAGCGUUGAAUAAUAAGAAUGACUGUUCUCCCAUUCAUUCCUUCGCUAAUCAUACUAUGCCAAUUAAAGAUAUGCACUUUGGCUUUGGCGGCGCUCGAGCGAGAUUAUACACGGUUUCGUUGGACGCAAAAGCUAACAUCUAUGAGCUUGGCAGCGGUGCUCUUCUGCUUUCAUUGAUGUUCAACGCACCGCUCACAGCGAUCAUCGUGAAUUCCCGUGAGAGCGAACUCUACGUGGGCUGCACGACCGGUGAUAUAUUCCAGUGUAAUCUGCACGAACCGCCACGCGAAAUCGAGCAUCACAUGAUAAAGGAUGAGGAGACAGUUGUAUUCAGAGCUCACAAGUCGCACGUCACCGCCCUGUCGAUAUCCGUAGACUGUUGCACUUUGUUGUCUGGAUCUACCGAUGGAGCUGUCCACAUCUGGGACAUUGUCAGUCGACAGGUGCUCAGAACGAUUGAGCACAAGGGGCCAGUUACCGCCGCAUUCUUCACGAAGGGAUUUGAAAAUUUUCGCGCCUCUAUCCUUGAGCCGCGCUUGGAGAUACAUAGUCUGGAAAGGAUAUCGAAAGAUGAAGAAAUCAAGGAAUCGAACGACGUUAUUAAAGUCAUUUCCAGAGGACGAAAUCCGGCAGAAAUUCUGGACUUUAAAUCAUAUGUGGGAAAUAUCGUUGAUUCUUCGGAACGAGAAGAGUUGAUAAAGCAAUUGACGAAUUUGAAGGAAGAGAUUAACAAGUUGAGCAAGAUCAACGCUAGCCUAUUUAAAUAUAGCGUCACGCAUAUCCUGCAAGAAACGAACAAUGAGUGAUGAACGAUAUUAGAGAUAUAAUAAAGAUUGUAUCAAUCUUUGAAAUGGACAGAAAAUUUAAUUAUAUCUUAUAGGAUUGAAAAAUAUACAAUGCAAAAAAGAAAGAUUGAGAGAGGUAUUAUUAUAGAUAUCAUUUCUUUUUUAUAUAAAAAAAUAUUAUGUUGUUGAAAGAUAUCACAAUCUUUUACAGAUUAUAAAAAUAUAAUUAUG